AAUUGGCUUGGAACAAAUUUAUCUAUCUAGCAUUGUAAUGCUGGCUAUAACCUUCGCACCGUAAGAUAUAUUAAGUCCAUAGACCAGAGAAUAAGUAAUUGAGGUGAGAGGUUUACAACAUGCAUGAUGGAAGCUGUUUGAGUUUUCUAAAUUAGUGUUAUUCUCCAUUAGUACUUUAGAUCAAUUAUUUCUUGAAAAAGACAAAACGUCUUGUCUGCGGUAGCUGGAAACAAUUUACAAGUGAUUAAAUUAAGAGAGACUAAUCUGCGAGGAAAGGUACCAAGAUCAUUGGCAAAUUGUAGAAUGUUGGAGUUUCUUGAUCUUGGUAACAAUCAAAUCAGAGAUACCUUCCCUUAUUGGUUGGAAACUCUUCCUAGAUUGAAGAUUCCCAUUUUGCACUUCAAGAAUUUCUAUGGUGCAAUUAAUGUUCCAUAAUUCCAUGUUUCCUGAUCUACGGAUUGUUGACCUUUCUCAUAAUGGAUUUGUUGGUUCUCUACCAACAAAAUACUUCAACUUGUGGAGUGCCAUGGUAGAUGUUGAGAAGGAGAACACAAAAUAUUGGCAUGCAUAUGGCAAUUAUAUAUUGAAUGGCUUAAUUGGUGCUAGUCCAUACCCCUACUCAAUGACAAUAACAAACAAAGGAGUGAAAAUGGAAUAUGCAAAGGUAUUAGAGAUUUUCUCUGCCAUUGAUCUUUCUUACAACAAAUUUGAUGGAGAGAUUCCAGAUGUAGUAGGGAGCUUAAAGGGACUUCAACUGCUCAACCUUUCCGACAACAUCCUUGUUGGUCCAAACCCACCAGCCUUGGGAAAUCUCAAAAAUCUUGAAGCUCUAGACCUUUCUCAAAACAAACUUGUAGGAAGCAUUCUCAAGCAGCUGACGCAACUCAAUUUCCUUGAAGUUUUCAAUGUAUCUUACAACCAUUUGACAGGACUUAUCCCGAAAGGCCAACAAUUUGAUACAUUUGAUAAUAGCUCAUUUGAUGGGAAUUUAGGGUUGUGUGGAUUGCCACUGUCAAGGAAAUGUGACAAUUCAAAGGCCUCACCUCCACCAUCUUCCAACUCUAAAGGAAAUGAAGAUUCUGGAUCACUAGCUGAAUGAAUUUGGCUGGAAAGCAGUGGCGUUGGGUUGUGGAUGUGGAUUCCUUGUUGGUGUGGUGAUUGGAAACAUUGUUUUUGCAAGAACAUGUGAGUGGCUGAUGAGGACUUACCGAAUUAGGAUGUCAAGAAGGAGAAUGAUGGGGAGGAUCCGUUGAAGAUGAAUGUUUAUCUGUUGGCGGUAGUCUCUUUGGCUAUGUAUUCUUUUGCCUAUGUUUCUUUGUUUUUUCUUAUUUUUAUUUUGUGUGUGCGAACUGUUGUACUUUAAAGCUGCAUCAAUAAAUUGCACUUCAACUU